CGAGCAAUCAUGAGCGAGGGAAAUCGGCCUGUGGAGACGAAACGAGAAAGAUGAAUGGAUUAUGUUAUCGUCAUUAAAGAAAAAGGGAAAGAUAUUUGCAAAAGAAAGGUUAAAAAUGGUUUGAUUCAAUUGGGCAUUUUGCAGAUAGCAGCGCCAGCAGUGAUUCGUAAGUUUUUAGAAAACCUCACCUUGAAAUGCAUGCGCCAACCUGCCAUGCUGUUCAAAUGUAAUUAGUUCGAUUGUUUGUGAGGGAAUAGCUCUGCUGUAGAACAGUUUGUGUUGUUAUGAACCUGUGUGCGCCUCGUACAAGAGCAAUAGUGAUGGCCAGUAGGAUCGGAAUAGAUUCAUUAAUCAAUUUUCUCUGGGCUGCUACUUGUUACGUCACCGCAUAACCAAGAAGGAGCCGUCGAGCGCUGCGUGGGUCAGUGUAUCGUCUCUCUGCAAUCGCACUCGCUCUUAGGAUCGCUGCCUUUAUGGAAUAGGCUCGGACGGAACAAAGUUAAGCUUGCCAAUUUUUUAAAAUGUCGACGCGUGAACUGAUCAGUGCUCAAUGCGGCACUCAGAAUCCACUCGGGGAGCUUUCGCAACAAUUGCGCCGUCGCGAACGUCUUCAGCAGUACACUCAGCAUGUUUCACCUAUAGGUGCAGGGGCUGGAGCCGCUAUCCCAGCUCCAUCAUCCUUUCACAUGGGCGACCUCUUACAACAGGUCAAUCAAACGGGAGCGACACAACUACAAGCUGCGACGUCGAGGGGUCAGCAAUGGGUUCGUGAAUUCGGCACAGUGGACCCUUCUUCGCAAGCUAGAUCUUGGGCGACCGAAUUUAUGAUAUCAGAACCGCGUACAGCCUCUUCCUCUGCAGCCGCUGCUAGUCUCCGUGUGGCCAGCGUUCUUCGAGAUCCACACAUGACACCCCAACUGUACGGUCCAGAGAGGCCGAUCCUAAUGCCGAUAAAGCAACUGAUGCCAGCUGCAUUACGCCCUGAAGAAACGGGCGCUGGUGGAAAGUGGGCUGAAGACAUUUUAGCGGAAAGUGAACAGAAAAAUGCUGACGAAUUAUUAAAGCUGCAAAAAGUUGCAAGAGACUUCGUCCGGACAGAAAAUGAUCCGAGUGUAGAAAAGACAGAAUUCUAUAAAUUCGUCCAACAGGUCGGGGGUGAAUCUAGUGCCGCAACUGCGGAACGAUGGGCAAAAGAACUGGACCAGGAAGAGAGGUCAAUGGAAAAAACUGCUGCUCGCGAUGACUUCAAAAUGUGGAAAGAUUUAGCUGAGAUUUGGGGCAACGCUUCAUUUAACACAAUGGGCUCCAAUGGGGCGCAAGGAAACGAAUCACUGCCUGAGUCGUAUAGGAAUUACCGUUUUAACGAACAAAAUUUUCUGGAAGAUGCAGUGCAGAAUCCGUUCGAAGAAGGUUUACAAAAACUUCGUGAAGGCGAUCUACCUUCGGCCGUACUUCUUUUCGAAGCUGCGGUCCGCAAGGACAGUGCACAUGCUGAAGCUUGGCAGCUGCUGGGGACAACUCAGGCGCAAAAUGAACAAGAUAUUCAGGCAAUCGCAGCACUACGUCAGUGUCUUCAUUUACAACCGCAAAAUGCUGCGGCCAUGUUGGCGUUAGCGGUCAGUUAUACGAAUGAAGGUCUACAAAGGCAAGCAUGUGAAGUACUCACUGAGUGGCUGCGCGCAAGCCCAAAAUAUGGACACCUUGUACAGCCGGUAUCUCAGCCGACAGGGCCUCAGACGUCAGAGCCGCAUAUAAUGUCAGUGCUCGAAGAUCGAGAACACAAGCGGGUCUUGGAUAUGUACAUUAGCGCUGCACAAAUUAACCCAGACUCUCCAGACCCCGAUAUACAGUCCUGUCUUGGUGUUCUAUUAAGUCUUACUGGAGACUUUGAUAAGGCUGUUGAUUGUUUUCGAGCUGCUGUUGCAGUAAAGCCUGAGGACUCCUUACUGUGGAAUCGGCUGGGAGCUACAUUAGCAAAUGGGGGUCGCUCUGAAGAAGCUGUUGAAGCAUAUCGGCAGUCACUGCAGCUGCACCCGGGAUUUAUCCGGGCGCGAUUUAAUCUCGGCAUUUCAUGUAUCAACCUCGGUGCACACCAGGAAGCUGCAGAGCAUUUUCUCACAGCGCUGAAUCUGCAAGAUAACGCCAAAGCCGAAGCAGCAAACGGAAUCGUACGAAGCAGAGCUAUGUCGGAUAAUAUCUGGAACACUCUUCGAAUGACGCUCACUCUUAUGAACCGAACAGACCUGUACCCUGACGUUGAUGCUAGAGACCUCAGCAAACUUAACCGGAUUUUCAUCAAACAAGACACACCCAUCCUUUCCUGACCAAAUGGAUCCUAUGAAAUGGUGUAGAUAAACCAUACGGAUUAUUUUUAUAUUAACCGAAGGCUAGCGGUACUUAAAAACAGAGUUAUUUCUACAGCCUAUGUCUCAUUGAUUACUUUUGCCAGUUUAUGGUGGAACCUGUUUGAGAGUACCCAAAAACAAGUAUUUCUUUUAUAUUUGGCCACUAUUCAUAGACUUAAUAAAGCUAUCAGCUCUACGCUUGCAAUCUAACUGACAAACGUGUACGUUUAGGACUAACACGAACAGAGAUUCUAAAGAAGAGUAAGGAAACAAAAAGCCAGUUGCAUAGAUGGUUUUCUCAACUCGUUUUGCGUUGUAUAAAACAGGGAUAUGUUUCAUUUUACUAUUCAGCUUCAGGUAUGACAGAACGAGCAGCGAAAGUUAGGCUUAGGGUAACGUAAAUGCGGGUGAUUUAAGUUCCUCAGCUAAUCUUAUCGGCACUUAAAUCAAACACAUGUGUCAAAGUGUAAUAAUAGUUUCUGUGUAAUUGAGAAAUUGGAAUAAAUAUUCGAAAACAACGGAACAAUCUACUAGCCAGGGUGCGCACAGUUUUGUAAGUACAUGCUACACACAAAAAUCGUUUAGUCGGACUACAAAGUCUAGUACUGAACUGUAGCUACGCGUUUCACAUCUGGUGCUAAUGCCGCCGCUUCAAAGAGCUAAUUCCUUUUAGCACAAAAUACGCCGGUUUCGAACUACGACCAUCUCACAUUUUCCCAAACCUAAUAACAAUAUACGGGUGCCAAAAGCUUCGUGUGCAAAAAAACCUCAAUCUUGUGGUAGCCGUUAGUUGCUGUCCGAAAAAACUGAGUCGUAACUCGUUUAGGCAUUUGCCUUGGCAUACAGGAAAACGGGGAAUGAAAUGUGUCGAAGCAAAAGGAACGCUUAAACAAAAAUCUAUUCAGAAUAACUCAGUUUUCUAUUAGUGGUUAACCCUUACAGAGAAUCUUACACUUUUAAGUAAGCUACCUGUACACUUAAAUACGUGCUCUAGCCUAGCUCAUUGUGGACAUAUAAAGCUACAAUAGUUACAAUUAAAUAUCACGUGUUGCGAGAAGCUGUAACAGAGAAGUUUCCAUGACAAUAUGAUUAUUUUUCUACUGUAGCUGCAAUAUUCUAUCUGUGUUACCAUUAAAAUAUAUGUACUAUAUUCUACAACAUCUACAUAUGAGUUUUUACUUGUUACUCUUCUGUUAAUAGCUAAUUAUAAACAAUUCUGUAUAUGAACAUCUAACAAUCUGUAACACGACAUGUAUAUAUAUAAAGGGCGAAACACGUGAACGAUGAUGUAAUAAGCCUGCCUAAUAUGGGCUUCUAGCGAGAUACCUUUCCACUCAUUUUCGAUGACCCCACACAGCUUUUCUCUCUUAUCCCAAAAAUGGCCCACAGACACACAGUACCGGGCUCGUGUAGGCCUCGGUGCAAACUGCUCAAAGCAAGAAUUUUUUUCAACGCACUCAACACGAAUAUUCGGAUAAACUUUUGCGAA